AUGUCUGGCCGUGGAAAGAAACACACAGUGGCUGGCAAAUCUGGAGCUGCACUGAAGAAAACCAAAUCAGCCAAGGCUGGUCUGCAGUUCCCUGUGGGUCGUGUCUACAGGCUCCUUAAAGGAGGGAACUACGCUGACAGGAUCGGUCCUGGCGCUGCCAUCUACCUGGCUGCGGUGCUGGAGUACCUGAGCGCGGAGAUCCUGGAGCUGGCAGGGAACGCUGCACGGGAAAACAAGAAAGCCAGGAUCCUGCCCAGGCACAUCCAGCUAGCUGUGAGAAACGAUGAGGAGCUGAACAAGCUCUUCUCCUGUGUGACCAUUGCUCAAGGAGGGGUUAUGCCAAAUAUCCUUUCCCAGCUCCUUCCCAAGAAAACAGUCGGAGAUGCUGUUCUUCCUCAGGAACAAGGUGGUAUCCAGUGA